AUGGUGGUAUGGGUCGCUGAAAAUUACUCAAGGCAUCCACACGCUGCUGGUGCGGGUGGCGAUGCGUGGACCACUUUGUGGAUCGUGCAGGAUCUUGCGAAUCAGGAAUCGGAGUCCCGGAUACUCCGAGUCAAGGAUUCUAAGGAACUUUUGGAUCGAAAAUUGGAGGUUGUGGGCCCUGUUGGCCCGAUUAACCAAUAUGGAAAGUUUGACUACUCGGUUGACGUUGAGUCUUCCGAGACCGUCUCAUCCUUCGGGAAUUAA